AUGGACAAUAAUACCGACUACUAUGAGGACAGGCCAGUCGCAGGCGGCCAGACGAAGCGGCUCUAUCGCGCCUGCCUCCACUGCCGAAGCCGGAAAGCCAAAUGCGACUUGGGCGAUGUCGACGCUCCCUCCCAUCCACCCUGCUCUCGAUGCAAACGCGAAUCUCGGGAAUGCCUCUUUGCCCCUUCUCGACGCGGUGGGAACGGCAAGAACCUCCGCCGAAAGUCCGAAGCAACGCCUGGUGCUGCUACCGCCGGUCCAAGCUGGGCUCCAGCCGCCGACUUUCCCACCUACCUCCCCAUCGCGCCCCGUCCGAGCAGUAGCGGCGUAUCCCAUAAUCCCACAUUCGAUCUCUGGAGCUCGGCGCCUAUGCUACCGCAAGAACCAAUGCAGGCGUUCCCUCGCCGGCCUUCCCUCGGUCCACCACUCGGGAGCGGCGGAGAACACCCCAGCAACCUCGUUGCGGCUGACUUGGCGAACGAGGCAGAUGCGAUGGAGAUUUUAGCGCUGGGGCGGAAAGUCAAGGGGAAGCGAAGGCGCCGAUCUGGCGAUGCGGCAAAGCUGGAAGAGUUUGAGUUGGUCAAAGCGGGGAUUGUGACGACGGAGCAGGUCGUGCAGCUUUCGGAGAUCUUCUUUGGGUGUCAUCAUCACUACUAUCCUAUGGUUCCUGUGGCGGACAUUCCUCGAACGCCGCAGCAGCUUGCUACGUUUGCAGACGACGAGCGAGACCUGCUUGCUGCGAUUAUCAUCAUUGCGAGUAGGAAUGACAAGGGGAUGAGCGAGGUGCAUGACAAGUCAUGGGCUCUUUUCAGAGGGUGGUUGUCGGACGUUCUGCUUCUUGGCGGUCAGCCUACAAUCGGGCUCGUCGAGGGGUUACUGCUGCUCUCGGAAAACCUCCCCAGGGAGCCAUCGCGGGACGUGGAGGAAGUGCACGGCUCGGAGAAUCGCCAAGCGUGGAUGCUCAUCGGAGCGGCGAUCCGGUGUGCCUAUGGUCUCGGUCUGGAAAAGAUCGCGUUUGAAAUCGUCGGCGAGACUGAGCGGACCAAGGAGCUCGAGCGUGCUCGUCAAACCUGGACAUACUGCUACAUCUUUGACCGGCACAUCUCGCUCCGCCUCGGUAUGGCGUUUUGGUCACGCGGUCCAUCGAUCUGCUUUGAGGGCUUCUCCAGUACGAACCAGACCGGCCCUCCUGCCGGCGCGCGUAACUUUCCUCUUCUAUGCGAGCCGGCCAGCGAAGGUGUCGAACCGCAGGAAGAGCUUGCCGCGCUGGUUCAAGCCUAUGUGGAGCUCACGCAGAUGAUGACCAAUGCGCAGAGCUGCUUGUACCCGAAUGCAGCGCGGACCAAGAGCAUCGUCAUGCACGGCGAGUACUUUAAGUAUCUGGACGAGCUAGCUCGGUCGCUCGAUAGCUUCAAGCGACUUUGGGGCGACAAGAAGUGGACGAUCUUUCCGCUGACCGAUACGCUCUGGGCAAUGUUCUACUACACCGAGCUCUACAUCACCGCCUUUGCUUUCCAAGCGCAUGUGGAGCGAGCGACCAAACGAGCCGAGACAGAACGGGACCACACCGGUAUCGCUCUUCCACCCAACCUCUUCCCUCACGGCGCAGCGGCGAGUCCGGACGCGCGCUACAUCUUUCAGUCGUGCACUGCCGCUCGGAAGCUCCUACAGAUCUGCGUGCAUAGCCUGUCCCCUCGAGGGACAUUGUCGUUCCUGCCAAACCGGUACCUCCUCUGGUUCACCUACGCGGCGAUCGUGCUUCUCAAGGCAAUCUACUCGGGGGCGAUGCUGAGGGAAGACCAGGCCGAAUCCCUUGAGCUUAUCGACUCGCUCUGCGGCUGCCUGGCUACCGCUUCGCACGACGAGAACAAUCCUGCCGUCAGAUACGCACGCCAGCUGGAGGAUCUCCGCAAGAAGCUGUCCGGGAUGGAGACGACAACCGUACGCGCUGGCUCUCCGCCCAUCUGGAACUUUCCCGAUGCCCCACCGCCAGCGCAUGACGUGUCGUUCCAGUACAACUCGCCUGUCCUCCCCAAGCGGAACAUCCCUCAGCUACCUCAGAUGCCUGCUGCUCCGGCUGGACCGUCUCAAGAGCUCAACUUUGACUGGUUGGAGGAGAAUGGGGAUGCGCUGGAUUUGCAGGAUUUUUGGCUCCAGAUGGCGCCGGGCGAGGCUCAAGGGGGAUUCCCAUUUCGUUAG